AUGGAGACCUUCAUCUUCACGGACGGGGAGGACGGGCUCCUGCGUCUCCGGGCAGGGGAUCAUGUCAUCAACACCAACUGCUGGGCCGUCCACAGGCGCCAGGCCCUCUGCUGCAAGAUGUCCGUGGAGUACCAGAAGUUCAUCGAGUCGGGCCGGAAGUGGUUCUGCCACGUGGACGACAACUACGUGAAUCCACGCGGCCUCCUGCGCCUGCUGUCGGCCUUCUCGCCCAGCCAGAACGUGUACCUGGGCCGCCCCAGCCUGGAAAACCCCAUCGAGACCGCCCACCGCCUCCGGGGGGACGGAGCCGACAACAGCAAUAAUAUCUCGUGCACAUUGUUCCUUCAUGAGAAAGCCUGCUUGAACAUGGGGCAAUUCACGUUCCACGAAGUGAAGUUGCUGCAUUCGGAGUCCUGCCACACGCUGGGCCCUGAUCGCUCCAUGCCGUUCAGAGGCCCCGAACUCUCCCCGGGUUCUGAGGAGAAAACGGUUCGGAGAUUGAAUCCUUUGGGUGCCUAA